AUGCCCACGGACAAGUCCGAGUUCGAUCUACAAGCAGCCCUAUCCUCCAAAGCAUGGUUUGGAUUCGAUCUAGACGACACCCUUCACGAAUUCCGAUUUGCAUCGGGCCAAGCCUCACUUAGCGUAUUCGAGGUAAUCAGCGCCAAAUAUGGAAAAGAUGUUGACGACACGAAGGCCAAAUAUCAAGAAAUCCUGAGGCAAUCAACAGCCCAUGCCUUCACCGAUGGGAGAACCUCGAGUGAAUAUCGCCGAGAACGCUUUUCCCGGCUCCUUCAGGCCCAUGGAAUUGAGAAAUACGAGGAUAUCGACCAUAUUCUGAAGAUUUAUCAAUCCUCGCUCCGAUCCAACUUGACUCUGAAAGCGGGCGCGCUACAACUACUUCAAGCUCUGCAGCGACUGAACAAGAAAGUUAUGGUGAUCACUGAGGGCCCAGCUGAUGCACAGGAAUGGACUAUUCGGGAAUUGGGCCUUGGGCCAUAUGUCGAUAUUCUUGUGACAACGAAUGAGGUUGGCAGAUCAAAAGUUGAUGGGCUUUUUGCGGCAGUUCUGGAGAGGUAUAGCAUUCACCCCGAAGAAAUAGUUUACUUUGGGGAUAACGAGGUGCGAGAUGUGCACACGGCACAGAAAGAGGGUAUCCUGGCCAUUUUGUACGAUCAGAAACAAGAGAAUCACUUGAGAUCCCCAGAUGCUUUGAGGAUUAAUUCUUGGGACAAAUUGCAGAAUAUGCUACUGGGUGUGAAAUAUAUCAGGUAUUAA